GUGACCCCGGGGGCUUGAACUCUUGCCGGUCAUGUGACCAGGCAGUAAAGUGACCAGUGCUGGUCUCUCUGCGGUCAGAGAGGGGCAGGCUGUCGAGGAAAGAGGUUGGUGGGGGAGAGAACAGGAGCGAGAGCAAUGUGGAGAGCAGGCCCAGCGGCUUUUUCCUUUAGCAGAGUCCAUGCUUGAAUGGGGUCCAGGCAGACUGGGAGAAGCAUGAAAUGGACACAUGGGAAGAUGAUCCAACUGACCAGCGUACUUGCCUUAUCUGUGGAGAUCGCGCCACAGGCCUGCACUAUGGCAUCAUCUCCUGCGAGGGCUGCAAGGGCUUCUUCAAGCGCAGCAUCUGCAACAAGCGCGUGUACCGCUGCAGCCGCGACAAAAACUGCGAGAUGUCGCGCAAGCAGCGCAACCGCUGCCAGUACUGCCGCCUGCUUAAGUGCCUUCAGAUGGGAAUGAACCGUAAAGCAAUCAGAGAGGACGGCAUGCCCGGAGGGAGGAACAAAAGCAUUGGACCUGUGCAGAUAACAGAGGAGGAGAUCGAACGGAUCAUGUCAGGCCAGGAGUUCAAGGAGGACGCCCCGGAGCACACCUGGGGCAACAACGGCGACAGCGACCACAGCUCGCCAAGCAACGGCGCCUCGGAGGGCAACCAGCCGUCGCCUGCCUCCACUCUGUCGUCCAAUCGCUCCGCUGAAAUGAACGGCUACACGGCAGCCCUGCGGGACCAGUACAUCAACACCUCCAUGCCCACGCACUACCAGCUCUUGCCUCACCUGUUCAGCUACGCCGCCCAGUCUGGCCUGCUGGCCUCUCAGCCCCGCAACCUCUACCCACAGCCCCACCCUCUGGUGCAGCAGCUGGUGGCUGCUGAAGAGCUGGCCCCCCUGACCACUCCGAUGCUUAUAGAAGAAGAGUACAAGGUAACACAGGUGGAGCUGUUUGCUCUGCUGUGCCGUCUGGCAGACGAGCUGCUCUUCCGCCAGAUCUCCUGGAUCAAGAAGCUGCCCUUCUUCUGUGAGCUCUCCAUAGAGGACUACACCUGCCUGCUCAGCUCCACCUGGCAGGAGCUCAUCCUGCUCUCCUGCCUCACUAUCUACAGCGGCCAGAUCUUUGGAGAGCUGGCCGACAUCACAGCAAAGUACACGCCAUCUGACGACGAGGUUCAGGGAUUCAGCGAGGAUGGGAUGGAAGUAAUGGAGAGGUUGAUCAUUCUGUUUCGCAAACUCCACCAGUUAAAGAUCAGCAAUGAGGAGUACGCCUGUAUGAAAACCAUCAACUUCCUCAAUCAAGAUAUCAGAGGACUGUCCAACAUCUCCCAGCUUGAGCAGCUGAAUAAACGCUACUGGUGUGUGUGUCAGGACUACAUCGAGUCCAAGUACCCACUGCAGCCUAAACGCUUCCCUGAGAUCAUGAUGUGCCUGCCGGACAUCCGCUGCAUCUCAACAAAGCUGGUGAACGUCCCUCUGGAGCAGCUCCCUCUGCUGUUCAAAGCAGUCUUGCACUCCUGCAAAUCCAGCAUGACCAGCUACAGGACCGGCCCGUCGCCCUGCGUGACCGACUCCACCGGAAACUAAACCCUCCCCGACACCCGAGUCGAGGACUGGUCUCCCCUCUCGUGAAUGUGACAAGCAGCUAGUUUGUUUUUUGUAACUUUUUUCUUUAUAUAUUUAUUACACGACAGAGCUGAAUGUAUUCUGAUUUACACUGUGCACAUGCUUCUGUACAAAACAAAUGCUCGUAGAUGCAUUGGUCUUUGGAGUUUACAAGCGUGUUUCCAUUUUGCUCCAUGUGUCAGUGUUGCCAUUGUUAGAGCUAGACUUUAAAAGAGUUUAUUUUAUACAGAUGGGGCGCCUAGGCACGCGCGACGAGUGUUUUGAGACUACCUCAGGAAGAUGUUGUUGCUAUUUUCAGGUACCUUUUCUUACUGUUAAAUGAAGAGUUGCCCAGUCUAAACCAAAACCCUGUGGAUGCUUUGGUACCUCAAUCAGAGAUGAAUGUUCAAAGAAGCUGCAUAAAUCAGUCUGAAAAACAGUUUUUUGUUUGAAAAUGCAAAAUGAAUUAGCAAAAGUACUCAGACAUCCUGCUUUUAGGAGGCGGUCUUGUCAGUUUAACAUUCCAUGAGUUAAGGUGGCAGUUGUUGGAUCUGUGGGAUCAUCGAAUAGGAGCAUACGGGUAUUUUUUAACAAUCAUAGACUAGGGAUGUAAGGCUUUAUUGCAGGGGAAGGGCGGAUAGCUAGGUUUGCUGUUUUUCUUUUUGUUAUGUUUCUCUCUUGACCAAAGUGUUAUGCAAAGAUUAUAUCAAGCGCCCGCUGAUGGGUAGGGAGCUGACAGCUCAACAAAACCCUUUUCUUAUCCGUGAAGGACGAGGAUAAGAAAUGAAUCAGUCUGUUUCAGAGGCGAGACGCUCUGCAGGACAGAAAAGUUCCACAUUUCAUUGCAAACAUGCGCGUUUUCUCGCGUGCACACAUACGCACAGAGCAGACAUGAUGGCUCUUCAUUGCCAAGAAGAUGGUGCAUUUCCACCUGCUCUCGACACAGCUGGGUAUAUGUGGUUAAAAAUGUGCGAGCUUCACGGGUGAAAGUGACACACACCGAUCAGCCACAACAUUGAAAUAUCGGGGAGGUUUCUGAUGUGUUGGCACAUUUGGGUCGCGUCACGAUAACGCUUCCUGCAGGUUGAAUUUUGAGCUUGAUUCAAUUUGAGGACUUUGGAGAGCAGGUGAACAAACCACGCCUUCCCCUAGUCCCGGGGGAGACAGCUGGUACCGGGGCACGCCAUCAUUUUUAUCAAACACCACAUUACUGAUUACCCAAGGUUAGCGUUGGGUUUUUUAUUUGGGUGGUUGGAUGUUAUUGUAACCCUAACCCUAUAUUUGUUGGCUGCACACUCAAGCUCUCCCAGCAGAGCUUUGCAUUGUAACAAGGUAACGAUUACUGGUCACUUCACCUGUCCGGGGUUUUGAUGUUGUGGCUGCUUGGUGUUGCCCAUCUUAGUGGCACCCACUGAAACCAACCAUUUAAAAGAAUCAGUGUUUAUUGAUCCAUCCGUUUUGCUAAAGAGGUUCAUUUCGAUUUUUCAAAACUUCAAAGUUCUAUUGGCCAGUUUUGAAGGGCAAUCAAACGUUUUUAGAUGUAGAAUGUAAAUCCGACCACACUUGGUUUCCACGGGCAUCAGGCCGCGUGGACAUCCGGGUACGGUCCGACUUUUUAAAUGAGAUGAAAGUGAAAAUAUCAUUUAUGCAGAACUGGCUUAAAGUUGAACGUCUAGUCGCUUUAAUCCAGCCGUAAGUGGACUCGGUGUGAUCGACUCAAUCAGUUUAGGCCAGGUUUGGAGAAUUUUAGGGGAUAUACCCCUGGCUUGCAUACCCACAGAUAUGCACGUCGUUUUAAAAAGUGUAGCCACAGAGAAAUGGUCUUUAUUUUUAAAGUGUGAGAUGAUCAUUUCCGAUCACUUGAAGUGUCUUUUUUGGCCAUUUCACAAUUUGCGUCAUUUGAAAUGCAGACAAAGCGCAGUCCCCGCAACCACUUCCUUUUUUGCACACGACAGUGAGGUUUGGAGACCUUAACCCUUGAUCUUGGCCACUGCCCACCCAACGUGUUCCUCUCUCAGGUCCCUGCUGACCUGGAUAUAUACAGGGUAAAGUGAGUGUUAUGUAUUGCAUUCAGGAGUUCGUCAGUGACCAUACUGACGAACUUGUAGUAUUAGUAGAUGUAGCUUCCAGGACGUUGUAGGUCCUGUUGUAGAAAGGUGUUUUUGUUUUUUGUUGUUUCAACUUUAUUCCCCUCACGGUCCCCACCCCACCCACACUCCCCUUCAGUGGAAGUGGGAUUAGUUUGCAGGGCAGGUUUUCUAAAGCUCUCGGCAUUGAUGACGGACGAAGCAAAAGGCGGCGGCAUCUUUCCGAUGUCACGGCUUCCCUCCCAUCGUGCGCAGCCUAACGAAACCACAGUCCAAUCCAGCGUUGCUUCUUGUAAUGCUUCAGUUAGCCUCUUUUGAUUUUUUUGAAUGCUUUAAUGUACCUUUUGUAGUUUAUAAUUAAGAAUGUCUUUUUAGCUUUUUUGGGUUUGAUUUGGAGUGAAGACAACACCUAUCAUUUUCUUUGGCUGAUUUCUUCAUUGUUGUUGUUUGCGUUCACUUGUUCACUGUGUUCAUUAAAGAAAGUAUUACUCAGGCUUUGUCAGCAAUGCUUUACAUGCACGCUGCUGACAUUUUGGAUUUUUAAACCGUUUAAACCUCAAAUGUUGUGCUGUGGCGCCGUCUCGUGUUCGUCCAUCAGGUGACCAGCACACCGCACGGGGGUAGGGUUACGUUUGAGCCGCGUGCCAGACGAGCACAGUUUGAUAAACUCUUAGGGUCCAAAGUUAAUCUUAGAUGUGAACCUAACAGUUACCAUGGUAACCAGGUUACUAUGCACCAGCGAACCACUCGGGUCCACAUUUUCAGAAAGUCUAAGAUGUUUAAAUUCUUCAGUUUUGUUUCAGGUUGUAUAAAAACAGCCCUGACCCUUCUCGGGUCGCUGGCUAACUGCUGGAUGUUCAGAUUCUGCAGAGAUGAACAAAACCAUUAAAUGUUGCCUUUAGCGCUGCUGAAAGGUUUGGCUUCUAGCUCGAGAUAGCUGCCUCCCUCCCAAACAACUGAUAGUGUUGUGUUUUUAAAAAACAUACAUGUAGAGGCAGCAUUCCUCCACAUGUAUUAACUGAAAACAUUCAACCAAACUAUCUGACAAGAUUACAUUAUCAUGUAGUUUUGGUGAGCCGACCCUUUAGAUCACAGCAUCUCAGGACACUUCUGUGUACCAAAGGUCUCACUGUGAUGAAACGGCACUCAGAAACCCUGUCAGGCUGCAAAAUGACUGGAGGAAUGAACAUCACUGAGAUCUGACAGUGGAGCAGGAUCUGAGGGGCUUCUCCUCUAAUGUGAUGCCAAACAAUAUCUGCUUAUCAGCGGUGAAUCCCAUCUUUACUGGCAGCACUCUCACUUGUUCGACGUUACAGUUUGAUGCACCCACGCUGGUGUCUUUUUUCACUUCCUGUGUUUGUAUUGGUUGUGUGCAGACAAAGGGAUGUGUCGUUUCUAAACUACCUCUGUAUUUCAUGUUCAUUACACCAAUGUUUUUUAUGAGUUGACCUCACAUGUGAACCACCAACACUUGUUUUCUUCUUCGUAGCCUCGUACUCUACCUCAGGUACUUUUAGGGACGCUCUUCCUCUUUUGUUUCUUUUUUUUAAUGAGCUGUUUCAUGUUAGCAUCAUCUUAUAUUUCACUCCUACCCUGUUAUCAAAAAUCACAUACCAAAGAUGAACGAAUGUCAAUGACAAUGUCAGUGCACUGAUUAAGCCUUCAUGUGUUGUGUUCUUGCUGAAGUUAACCAGUGUUGCAUUUUUCCACGUUGACCUUAUCCAAAUAUGCAUCAUUAUCUGUUGAAUUUGCUGUAUUCACCAUACCGUGAUAAUCCUGUGUGCGCGUGCACAUGCGUGUUUGAUUGGUGUUCGUUGGUGAAGCAGAGAACACACUCAGUAUUAUUCCACAGCAGCCGGUGCUGCAUGUGAUCAGUUGUCAAUCGCAGGAUGUAACUGUGCUCAGGCUGACUCCUCCUCCGGUUUGCUCACUCGUGUAACUGUAACACUGUGACCACAGCUGGACAGACCGCCGUGGUGUGAGCACCGGGGCUGGACACACACUCAGGCUCGCUGUCCUGCUGUUAAACGGCCGUUAACGCCAUCAACUUAUUUGUAAGUCACGUUCCUACAGAAACAGCUUGUAUUCACCACACUUUCUAUAUAAAGCUCGUCCCUUUAGUUUUCAUCUGAGAACAGCAAGUGGGUGUGGCUUCUAAACCAGAGCCAGAGAUGACCAUAUUAGGGAUUCCUGUUCAAACUGACUUCAUACAUGUUGGUGGGCCUGGAGCGUUGUGUUUUUACGCAGACGCACACACACAAAUAGACAUUUAGGCCCAUAUUGCUCGUCCUGGAUGGAGCUCCAUCCCCUAAUUCGCUGUAACUGACACACUUUAGACAGACAGCAGGUGUCCAGCUGUCAGCGCUUUGUUACAGGCACACGAGGAGCACACCGGCAACACAUCUCAGGGAACAAACCGAUUCAUACACACUCAUCAGAAACUGAAACGCCAUUUAUGUCUUUUCUCUUCAGAAAUCUCUUGUCUGCUCUGUUACUUUAACUACCUGUGAAGAAUGUGAUCCAUUAUGUGUUAAAAGCAUGUUUAGAAUGUGUUAGGACUUGAAACUAAAUAAAUGUGAACAUUAUGCAAGUGCACUCGGGCUAACUUCCAGUUUCUUGGCUUUUCUACGGGGAAGAUGAUAGAAACUAAUGAGAGCGUGUUGCAUUCAGUCACUGAUAGGCAGAAGGUCUGCCGUUAAGAGCCGAGGGGACGGGAAUUUGGAUGCGUUUGUCCCUGACCUUCUGCUUCGUGUACUCCAGUGUGUUGUUCA